AAGUCUUAUUCCAUAACCAGACUUGAACCGAUAAACUUGUUAUAUAUCCCAAAAAUACCAAUAGGAAGAUAAAAAAAAAUAACAAAUACUUUUCGCCUUAGUAAGAUGACGGCCAAAAGAACAACGUUCGACAAGAUGAACCUGGGGCUGCCCGUUCACUCGGAUCCCUAUGAAGGGGAAACUGACGCGGGCUCUUCGUUCGAGAAGGAAAACAGCCAGAAAGUUAUGUCUCAUAGGGAACUGAGAGAGAAACUAUAUAAGGAGGUAAAGCUCACAAUGCCAGACUUUUUCGCACGUAAUCCCUCCUGCAGCUCGGACGAAUCUGAAGACUUCGAAUUCCCGGAGACUAUAGGAGAACGGGCCAGACGCAUAUCCUUCGUCCGACGCCGAAAACUGCACUACAAUGAGUUCUCAACGGUGGAGCUGGCCAGGCGUCUGAUCCGCGAGGAGUUCACCCAGUCAUCGGACAGUCUACCCAGCGUGGAUAACGACUAUAUCUCCGAAAUCGCCGAAGAGGAGUGUGCUCCCUGCGACGACGACUCCGAUGACUUGAUUCCGUAUCUCCAAUACGAUCGACCUACAGACCAAUCGAUGUUUUCCGACGAUAGUCUGCCAAAGGAAGAUCCCGAACCAGGAUUCCAUCCCACCCAUCAUUGCUUUCAUAAGCUAAUGAGCCAGACCCCUGAUCCGCCAAUAGUGUACGUUCCCGUGGAACCAGAAACGCGACAGGAACCCCAACCAGAACCUCAACCGGAACCACGACUGGAACCAGUACCGGAAGUGGAAGCAGUACCAUCACCUCCACCACCUCCACCACCUGCUCCGGAAGUCACUGAAGGAACAGCUCUGGAAGAAGAAAAACACACUCGGGUCAUCGAUCGAGGCGAAAAUAUUGAUCUCAGGAUUGUAAAUGCCGUACCGAAACACAUUAGUUCGGGUGUGAAGAAACCAAGUGGUCCAAAAACACGGAAUUUAUAAACUAGUACUGGUUGCGCAAUAGGUUAUGGGAUCCCGCUUAAAUGGAUUUCUAUUUAACUGCAAAUACCAACCUCAUUGUGUGUUGCGUCGAUUAGUGUUGCCUAAAAUGUAGAACAAUGUUUUCAAAUGUUUCGUUAGCUGGAAAUAACAAUCCAAAUCGUAUAGCCA